AUGUCUGACUGCAGUCCUGUCAGCUCCCCCAUGCAAUCCUCUUGCAAACUCACCAAGACUGGCUCUCCUGCCCUCUCUGACCCUUUCAUGUACAGGUCAGUAGUUGGGGCUUUGCAAUAUGCCACAAUUACUAGACCAGACAUUGCUUUCUCUGUGAACAAAGUCUGCCAGUUUAUGUCUCAUCCUCUAGAGACCCAUUGGGUUGCAGUCAAACGCAUUCUUCGUUAUCUCAAGGGUACUCAGUCUCAUGGCCUGCAUCUGUCUCCUCUGACCUCCAGCCAACCACCUCCUGUCAAGGUAUUUUGUGAUGCUGACUGGGCAUCUGAUCCAGAUGAUAGGAGGAGCACCUCUGGUGCUGCUAUCUACUUUGGUCCCAACCUAAUCUCUUGGUGGUCCAAGAAGCAGCCUGUAGUGGAAAGAUCCAGCACAGAAGCAGAGUAUAGGAGUUUGGCUCAAGCCACUGCAGACCUGCUCUGGCUUCAAACAUUGUUCACUGAGCUUGGCAUUGCUAUUCAACAGCCUCUUGUUCUUUGUGACAAUCAAUCAGCUGUUCUGCUUGCUCAUAACCCUAUUUUACAUUCUCGUACCAAGCAUAUGGAGAUUGACCUCUUCUUUGUCAGAGAGAAGGUCAUAGCCAAAACCAUUGCUGUUGCUCACAUUCCUGGUGUUGAUCAAGUGGCUGAUACUCUCACUAAACCUCUUCCUUCAACAAGGUUCCUGGAAUUCAGACACAAACUCAGGGUUGCGAGCUCCCCAUGA